AUGGAAUUUGCCCUCAAGGAGAGUUGGUCAUGGGUAUUUAUGACGCCUGUGACGAUUCCUGGCUAUGAGAAAGUAAUUAAAAAACCCAUGGAUUUAGGUACAAUUACAAAGAAUUUAGGCUCCAAACCCUCACGUUGUCGCUUUAAAUCACAUGAAAAAUUUGCACGGGACGUUCGGAUGGUCUUUAACAAUGCACUGGUGUAUAAUAAGGACGACCACGACGUCAAGGGCUCGGUUUAUGCUGCCGCGCAACAUCUUUUACGGGUGUUUGAGACUGCGUACGCGAAAUCAAUUGAUAACGUCUUUCGAGCUGAUGAUGUGGCAAAAGCAGCAUAUCGAGAAGCUAAGGAAGAAAAGAGAAGGGCGGACGAGAAACAACAAGAUGAAGAGAAGAAGAAACGAGAAGAUACGAGCUCUUUUGUGUCGUCUUCUCUUCAGUCUCAUAAUACGAGUCAUAACAGUCAUUCUUAUCGAGAAGAAGGGGGAGAAAGUAGUAGACACAAACAUAAGAAAGACAAAAAGUCGAAGAAAUCCAAGAAAAAGAGCAAGGAGAGAGACAAAGAACAUAGACACUCGAGUUCUAGUAGUGGUGAGAGCAAGAAGAAAUCACAUCGAAACGAUUACAAAAAUAAGGUUGCAACAGCUUCUACCACUUUGCCGAAGGACGCUGUGGUGGAACACGCACCGGUGGGGUCCAGAAACGACGUUGCCCUGCCAGCUUCCAGUAUUUCAGUUCCACCUCAGAGCAACAACUCUAUGGUCAAGCAAGAGCCUGCUUUGGGUACUACUGCUGGAGCCAAGAUGUCAGAUGCGGAGGUGAUGGCGUGCCUUUCACUAUUGAUGAAGUUGAUCAAGUAUAAGGAGGGGAACAUCAGUCCUGCAGCCCCAUUCCUCCAACCAGUGGACGUGACACACUUUCCGGAUUAUCGUGUCAAAAUUCCGAAUCGAAUGCAUCUGUAUGGGGUCCAGAAAAAACUCCGCAGUGGGAGUUAUGCCACCAUUGAUGCAUUUGCGCACGACAUGCGUCUGAUUUUCUCGAAUUGUUUGGUGUACAACAGCGAUGUGGUUCUAAGCAAAGUGAUGCGGACUCACGCAGUCACUCUUAUAAAGCUGUUUGAGAAUCAAUUUGCCAAGAUUGGUGGCUCGUGGCCUGGUGUUCCGGAGCGGUGGAAGUGUCAUCAGAUUAUUCACGAAAUACUUGCGCACCGCACAGAUGGGCAGGAGACAGCACAGUGGUUUAAAUAUCCCAUCGAAUCGUACUAUGACUCUCCUGAUCAAAUUCCAUACAACUAUUACGAAAUGGUAAAGAAACCCAUGGAUAUCGGCACGGUGUCAUCAAGGCUGCACCUUGGCAAGUACAAGCACGCGUCUGAAUUUGUAGCGGACAUGAAACUGGUCUUUGACAACUGCAUUCAUUACUGGAAGCCGGAUCCUCAAGGACAGACGUAUUCUCUUCAUCGAGUAGCACUGGAGUAUCGAAAAAUCAACGAUCGUCAUCAUCAUCAAUAA